CACCGAUUUUUCACUUUCUUGGAAAAAGUAAUAAAAAGGAAAAAGAUUUCAAGUAAAAAUGAAAAGGGAAAAUGAAAAUACGACAGGAGAAAAAUCAAGCGUGAAUAUCCUCUGCAGACAAAAGCCAGUGAGCAUAGAGAGGUUUUAGGGAGGUUUCCUUCAGUCCACUCUUCUUCCUUCUCCUUCCGCCACCACUCUGUUGGGGCGCUUAUCUCCAUUGAUGCUGACUUCAACGAGUUCAUUCACCUUUGCUCACAUCCAAUACCCACCAUGGCCGAAGCCCCCCAAAUCGGAGAAACUCUACAGAAACCUUCACUUUCUCUCCAGAACAACCCCCACUUCGCUUUCCAGUUUUUCACUCUCUUCUUUCCCGUUUCCUCUCAGCUUGAAUUCGAAGUUCCCGUCAAACCCAAUUCAACACUUCCUCGUACAGGAUUCAACCGACGAUAAUUUUGUCCAGAGUCUCGAAAAUCCUGCAAAUUUGCUUAUACCAUCGAACCAAAACUGCGCAGAGGAAUCCCCCAAAACAUUCUUUAUUCAAGACCCACCUUGGAUAUCAACCCUGUUCUUGAAUGGUCUGUACAAAAUUAUGAGUGAGACGGUCAAAUUGGAGCAUAGACACAUGGAGGAGAAGACCAAGUAUAAUCUUCUGAGGAGGAGGCAGAUUAAGGAAGAGACUGAGGCUUGGGAGAAUACUGUGGCAGAAUACAGAGAAUUGGUGAGAGAUAUGUGCCAGAAGAAUUUGGCUCCCAAUUUGCCAUACUUGAAGGGGUUGUUUUUGGGGUGGUUUGAACCAUUUACAGAGGCCAUAGCGAACGAGCAGAGAGUUCAGAACGCUAAAAGCAAGAGGGUGAGGGCAGCUUAUGCACCGCAUAUUAUUUUGUUGCCUGCUGAUAAGAUGGCAGUUGUUGUUAUGCACAAGUUGAUGCAGAUGGUGAUGGCAGGGCUAGAGAAUGGUUGUGUGCCGGUUGUGCAUGUUGCAGUUGCCAUUGGUAUGGCUAUUGAGCAUGAGGUUAAGAUUCAUAAUUUCUUGGAGCAAACUAAGUAUUCCAGAAAGAAGAUUGGUGAUGUUGCUCAAGGUCAGAGCAAAGAGAAGGAGAUGCUUAGGAAACGUCUUAAUAGUUUGAUUAGAAGCAGAAGACCAAUUGAGGUGCAGAAGCUGGUAAAGAAUUUAGAAUUUAAACCUUGGAGUCGGGCUGCCCAGGCUCAGCUGGGAUGUCGUCUUGUGGAAUUAUUAAUUGAGACAGCUUAUGUGCAAGAUCCAGUUAACCAGUCCAAAGAUGCCCCCCCAGAUAUUCGACCAGCUUUCACACACAAGUUGAAAUCUUUAGGAAAUAGUCCUAGGCAAAAAUUGCUAAAGAGAUAUGGGGUUAUUGAAUGUGAUCCGUUGUUAUUAACAGGGCUUGACAGAUCUGCUAAGCAUAUGAUGAUUCCUUAUAUGCCAAUGCUGAUACCUCCAAAAAAAUGGAAAGGGUAUGACAAGGGUGGGUAUUUGUUCCUGCCUUCUUACAUAAUGCGUACUCAUGGAUCAAAAAAGCAGCAAGCAGCACUUGAGAAUGCACCAGCAAAACAAAUGCAGAAAGUUUUUGAGGCCCUUGAUACUCUUGGAAACACUAAAUGGAGGGUGAAUAAAAAAGUACUUACUGUGGUAGAGAUUCUGUGGGCUAGAGGUGGCAACAUUGCUGGCUUGGUUAACCGGGAAGAUCUACCAAUACCAGAGAAACCCCCUUUGGAGGAUUCAACUGAAAUUCAAAAGUGGAAAUGGAGUGUGAGGAAGGCGAACAAGAUUAAUCGGGAGAGACACUCUCUACGAUGUGACAUUGAAUUUAAGCUUUCUGUGGCUAAAAAACUGGAAGAUGAGGAAGGAUUUUACUAUCCUCACAAUGUUGAUUUUCGUGGCCGUGCAUACCCCAUGCAUCCACAUUUAAAUCAUCUAAGUUCUGAUCUUUGUCGAGGAGUUCUUGAAUUUGCUGAAGGACGACCACUAGGGAGGUCUGGCUUACGUUGGCUGAAGAUACAUUUAGCAAACCUGUAUUCGGGCGGUGUUGAAAAGCUUUCACAUGAUGGGCGGUUAGAAUUUGUGGACAACCAUUUAGAUGAUAUUUUUGAUUCAGCAGAAAACCCUAUUAAUGGAAACCGCUGGUGGUUAACUGCUGAGGAUCCUUUUCAAUGCUUAGCUGCUUGUAUCAAUCUCUCAGAAGCCUUAAAAAGCUCGUCACCAUAUACUGUCAUUUCGCAUCUGCCACUUCAUCAGGAUGGUUCUUGCAAUGGUUUACAGCACUAUGCAGCCUUGGGAAGAGACAGUUUGGAGGCUGCAGCAGUUAACCUGGUUGCUCGAGAGAAACCAGCUGAUGUUUAUUCAGAAAUUGCUGCCAGAGUUCUUCCUAUUCACAAUCUUCACCAGGAGGAUUAUGUGCCUUGCCAACACUUUCCAAGGCUCUACUUUGUGCUUCUUGAUCUUUUAAUAUCAUAUAAGAUAAUAACUUUCUAUCUUUUGGUUCAUGAUAUAAUAAAAAGGGACAGCCUGAAGGAUCCUGCCACAAAUCCCAAAGCAUCAUUGGCAAAGAUCUUAAUUGAUCAGGUGGAUCGGAAGCUGGUAAAACAAACAGUUAUGACCUCUGUAUACGGUGUCACCUACAUUGGAGCACGUGAGCAAAUAAGACGAAGAUUGGAGGAGAAAGGUCUUAUAACGGAUGAUAGACUAAUAUUUGCUGCAGCUUGCUAUGCUGCCAAGGUGACAAUGGCUGCCCUUGGAGAAUUAUUCCAAGCUGCCCGUGGGAUAAUGGGUUGGCUUGGUGAUUGUGCCAAGGUUAUUGCUUCAGAAAACCAACCUGUGAAGUGGACAACUCCUCUUGGACUCCCAGUUGUGCAACCCUACUGUAAAACUGAACGCCAUGUUGUAAGAACAUCGCUUCAGGUAUUAGCAUUGCAGCGGGAGGGUAACUUGGUACAAGUUAGAAAACAGAGAACUGCAUUCCCUCCAAAUUUUGUGCACUCGCUUGAUGGUUCUCACAUGAUGAUGACUACCAUUGCAUGCAGGGAUGCUGGUCUACAUUUUGCAGGGGUCCAUGAUUCAUUCUGGACGCAUGCGUGUGAUGUGGACAAGAUGAAUCGGUUGCUUAGAGAAAAUUUUGUGGAGCUUUAUAGCAUGCCAAUACUCGAAAAUCUGCUUGAAAGCUUCCAGACAUCUUAUCCUGGCUUGGUUUUUCCCCCUCUCCCAGAGAGAGGCAGCUUUGACUUGAAUGAGGUUCUAGAAUCUCCUUAUUUCUUUAACUGAGUCGUGGCAAACAAGCACAAUUCGUGGCACCAACACCUUGUACAUACAUAUAUUUAUGUCACACAAGCAUCAUAAAAUUCACUGAUGAUAAGUCCAUCUAGACCCAAAUGGAAGGUGAUUUAUGGGAAAUAAAUGCCGGACUGCUCCUACCAAAGAUGGUGUAGUACCAAGAACAUGAAGGACUAAUUUCUCCCUCAUACAUGAUCGUGAUUCAUGGUGUAGUACCACCCGUCAGACUAAGUGUUGCAUGCUGCUAGCGGAUGUGUUGAUUUUCCGGUGCUGGGAAGCAAAGACAACAUAGAUGCGUAACUGUUUGUAGCAGGUUUUAAUGUGCUGCUAAAGUUGAGCGAUUGUUUCUUUUUUACCCAAUUUGUUUUCAUGUUUCUGUUAGGGAGAAAAAGGAUACCAUGUAGCAGAAAUUUGAUAUUCAGAUGCUUCAAAUGCAACUACUUAUGAUCAAGAAAUGAAAAGGAAAAUUCUUU